UGUGCCUGCGGCGACGAAGAGCACAAGUCAAUCUUCCUCUGACGCCGCAUGCGUGUGCUCCGUCAACUAGCCGCGGCGACCCUCGCAGCUCUCGUCCACUCCGUGGUGGGCGAGCAUUGGGCUGUCAUUGUCGUCGGGUCCACAGGCUACUGGAACUAUCGCCACCAAGCCGAUGCAUGUCAUGCAUAUCAUAUUGUGCGCCGCCACGGCCUCCCCGCUUCCAACAUUGUACUGAUGAUGUACGAUGAUGCCGCCAACAGCACGUCGAAUCCGUACCCCGGUCAACUCUUUAACCACCCAACAAUGUUCAAGAAGGAUGCUGUCGACGUCUACCGAGAUUGCCAUAUCGACUACCGUGGCGACGACGUCACUCCGAAGAAGUUCCUACAGGUCCUCAGUGGGGAUGCGAGUGCCGGCGGCAAAGUGCUCAAGAGCACUGCGGAGGACCGCGUCUUUGUCAACUUCGUGGAUCACGGAGCGCCGGGAUUUGUCGUGUUUCCAAAGGACAACUUGUACGCCAAGGACCUGGUGUCGACGCUCAAGGACAUGCAUGCCGCACACAAGUUUAAAGAACUCGUGUUCUACAUGGAGGCGUGCGAAUCGGGCUCCAUGUUCAAGGGACUCCUGCCCAACGACAUCAAUGUGUACGCAACGACAGCUGCGAACGAUCACGAAUCGUCCUGGGGCACUUAUUGCCCUCCUCUCGGCGACAAGAUCGGCAUGCACUUGCUAGGCACGUGUUUGGGCGACUUGUAUUCGGUGAAUUGGAUGGAGGACAGCGAUGUGUCCGACCUGUCCAAGGAAACGCUGGAAGAGCAGUAUGAGAACGUCAAACGCAAGACAAACAAGAGCCACGUGCUAGCGUUUGGAUCCAUCGAUUCGAUUCCCGUCGAGCCCGUCGGCGACUUCCUCGGCACAUUGGACCCAGCCGCCCGCGUUGAUGGAAACGUUGCAAUUGCCACGGAAGAAUCGAACUUGGCGGCCACGACGUCGAUGGACGUGCGCGAUGCUGAAAUCGUGUCCAAGUUUUACCAGUACCUCCGCGCGCCUCCGGGAGAAUCCCGCCACGACCUCGCCCAGGCUCUGCUCCACACGAUCCAAGAGCGCGAACUCGCUGACAUUAUGUUUGCUGAGAUUCAAACGAAGGUACUGGCUUCCACGCCGACCCUCCCCGUCAACAACGAUCUGCUGGACGAUACGUGCUUGCGACGAGUGAAUACAGCAGUCGCCACGGCCUGCGGUGGGUACUCGGACUACAGCCUCAAGUACGCCGCAAACAUGGUGAAGCUUUGCGCGGCAGGGUACGACGCCACCGUCGUGGAAGCGCAUGUGAGUGCGGUGUGCCGCCGCCAUUUGCAUGGAAAGGUGUAUCUUGGGCCAUUGCACUGACAGUUUCAUCCAAUAUUUUCCUUGAUUUGUGCGGAAAACAUAGGAUUCCGUGUAACUCAAUAAAUUUUUAUACUCGUGG